GACGUGUUAACACGCGGAGCACUUUAUAAAGCUUUUCAGUCCGCGGUGAGCUGCUCUGUAGAAACGCCGCUGUUUCUGAAACUUCUCAGCCCGACGUGCAGAAAGGAAGCAGGCGUCAAACCUCCACAUCACCGUCCACCAUGAGCGAGAGACAAGGAUCUGGAGCAGCUGCCAGCAACAAGAAAUCUGGAGGACAAGAAGCAACUAAGACAGAUGUCCCGGAGGACUUUGACAUUGACAUGGACGACCCAGAAACCGAGAAGGCGGCUGUCACAAUCCAGUCUCAGUUCAGGAAGUUCCAGAAGAAGAAGCAUGAUGAGAAGUCCUAGUGAGCAGAACGCUGUGCAGCCACUGUGUUGCAGAUGGAUUGACGGCACAGUGACGGCGGUGUGACAUUUGCAUGUGAAAAAAAUACAUACCUGUUGGAACUGAAAGGGUUGUGACGUGGUGGUGGGUGGGGAUACAGAAUGAAAUAGCCUCUUAAUCAUGUAACAUGUCUGUGAAGUUUCAACACAUACUCUAUUAUAUUUACUAUUGUUGACUGCUGUGUCAAGAAAUAGGAAGACUCUUUGUCCAGCUGUUUGUUGCAACUGUCA